AUGAAGCUCACUCAAUUUAUCUCCUAUGCCAUCCUCUCCCUCAGCGGUGUACAGGCAGCCACCCUGAACGGACCCUGCACUGGUGCUAGAGGUGCACCCGGAAUUUGCAUUUCAACCUCCAGCUGCACCAAAGCUGGUGGAAGUUACAUCUCCAAUGCCUGUCCCGGCCUUCCUAUCGGCAUCAAAUGUUGCUCUAAGACCUCGUGUGGUGAUGGCGGCAACUGCCGCUUCACCUCCGCUUGCUCAAGCGGAAACACCCAAGCCGGACUUUGCCCUGGCCCCUCUAGCUUCCAAUGCUGCCUCCCAAAAGCGAGUGGUGGCGGAAAAUUCCCCCCACCAAAGAUCCCAGCUGUUGGCAGAUGCAAGAAGACUGCGGUGGAUGGCGCCAAGAAGAUCGUAGCAGCCCACCCCGGAAUGGUCAGGGAGAUUUUCUGCAUCCGAGACUGCCCAUGUCCAAGUAACAGCGAGCACUGCUGUGGCCUUGCAACUGACAUGAUGUGCACGUCUGAGGCCGGCGAAUACAGUAAGCUAACAUGGCAUGGUAUUGUGAAGAAACGCGACAGAGAUGCAUUUGGCCGCGUCAUGGCUGAGUGGGUUAUGAACCACCGCAAAAUCCUGAACUUGAAAUAUGUUAUCUGGGGGCAGAGGAUCUGGAACCCAUCCCUAGACAAGGUUUCCCCGUGGACCAACUGGAGACAAAUGGAAGACCGUGGCUCCAUCACUCAAAACCACUGGUAA